AUGAAAGAGCCCUCUAUCGAAGAAGAGCCAAUUGGUGACUUUUUCUUUUCAAAUUACUCAUUUUUUGGUUUAAAAAUAUCAACGAAAAAUAUGUGUGGUCUGCUCUUUUGUACACAAACAUGCGUUUUAUUGAAACUAAAUCGCAACAAUUUUCAUUUAGAAAUGAAUUACCAUCGGAAAUCCUCUUCAGUGCAGAUGUUUUUAGGUUCCUAUCAUAUGAGAAAACCCGGCGAAGUCCGUAUAGUUUAUGAAUUAUUCCUAAUUUUGGAGUGCCCUGUACACGCGCUGCAUAUUUUGUGUAUUCUGCUACUUUUGCCGGUUAUUUUCUCGGCUUCUCUGAUACACAGGAACUUGAAGGUUAAAUUUCGAACAAAGGGCUUUUAUUAGUCAAUUAUUCACUUCAGGUGAUCAUUUUGAGCUACAUUUCGGCGUGUUUUGGGACAAGCGUCUGUCGGACGGCGUGGCUCAUCUGCGAGUACAAACAAGUUGAAGUCGUCACGAUGGACGUCUUCAUGUACAUCAGGACGUUGCUUCAAAAUGUUGGUAGGAAUUUAAACAUACUUCCAGUCUCACAUGUGAUUCCAGUGGCCGCUCAUCUUUUUGUCAUAUCCGCCGAAAGGCUAGUGGCUACUUGGCAGUCGCAAAGUUAUGAGCACGGUUCCAGCUUUGGCUUUGUUCUUUUUGCUUCCUUCCUAACGGUACUUUUCGUAUUUUUUGUUCAAGGUAGACAUUGAACUUCAGUAUCCGCUCGCUGUUUUCCUACUUUAUUCGAAGUACAACUGGUCAAGUGGAAGGGAAAUCAACGUCACCGUCAUGGUGCUCUUCGGCUCGGUAUCCAUAAUAGUGGGUUUUUGUGUCGGAAACAAAAAGGUGAAGAAUCAUUCAGGCGACUGCUUAUGUCUAUUUUCGAAACGUUUCGAUGUUGGAAAAACAUCGCUGGACAAAUAUUUCGCGAAAUUAUCAGGUGAGUAGAAAUAAAAUAUUUUUAAUGAGGAUUUAUGCUGUUUCAUCAUUAUGGCCUUGUUAUUCCCAAUAAGAACUCAGCAAAAUUAUUACUUUUUCAGAUGAGAGAAAAUGUGCGGAUGUCAAAAGUUUUUCUACCAGUUUUCAUCACGGGAAUCGUGCUUUUCGGAGUAUCGAGUAUAUUUUUAUUGAGGUUUUCAAGUGCGAUUAGGAUUGGGGACGAAUGGACAGCCAUAGUCAACGGGUGAGAAUUCAAAUAAAUUGGAGACCUAUUUAAUCAGAAAUUCUUAAACGUUGUGGGUGAAGAUAGUGAGUAUCACAGCUAUUUUUUGAGAAUUGGGUUCCUAAAAACAGUUGAAAUCACAAAGAUUUGGAAAAACCUAAUUUUCGGGAUUAAUUUUCAAAGCUAGGAAAUUAUACACUUUGAUAGAUCGGGAUAUGAUUUUUUUUUUUUGGAUUUUUCUCAAUGAAAUCAGAACUUUCGAAUGAAAUCUCCUUCUUGUCAGGUUCAUCUUCGACGUGAUCGUGGCGUCGACGAGUCUGCUUUUGUCGGGGCUUCUCCUUUUCUUGACUCUCGACGCCAAUCGACUUUUCACAUCAUGCGGACGGAAAAUUAGUUCGUUCAAAAUUUUGUGCCUAGAAAAAGUUCCGAAGUUGAGGACUUAAUUUGGCGAAGCGAAGAGCCAGCGUGAGGCCCAACUCCUCGCAGCGCUCCAUCUCCUUCCGCGACUUCCGCGGCAAAACUGUUCAAGUCGGACAAUCGGUUCGUUUUGGGUACACCCUGGGAAAAUGGAGCAACUUUGAACUCGAUCUGCGUCUCUCUCUCCCAAGCAGACUAGAGAAGGGGGGCUGGUCUUUUGAACCGCUCGAAUUUACGCUGACUGGAAAAUGGCGCGUCUCGCCAUUGUGGAAAUAUCUUAUCUUUUAGUCCAUUCACUCGAUGAUUUAUGGAUGGUUUCAACGGUUCGCACUGUUCGAACUGUCUGCAGAAACUUCAAAAAAAAAGCCUCUGAUUUACUUGGUCUUUCAAUUUGGAGAAAGAAAAACUUUUGUUUCAGAAGAAGGAAUCGACAAAAGUUUUUUCAUGAGAAAAAUCAUAAAACUGAAUGUUAAAAAAAAAAUUCAGCGUCGAGCCGGUUUGAAUUUUGAGAAAAUUUUUUAAAAAGCCAAAUUUAUCAGAAGUUAUAACGGUUGUGACGGUUUAUUUCAAUUUUCGAGGCUUUUUUUCAUUCAUAUUGGAGGAAAAUCUUUAACUUUUGCAAAAUAAGAAAUGAUAUCAAUGAUUGGAAAUUUGCUUCGGAAACUACUUACUGAAAUUCAUUUAUUGAAAUUUGAUUUUUCCAACCAAAUUUCGCCGAUUCAACUAGAGCUUAUUCAACGCUUUUCUCUCUAAUAAUAUUAUCCCUCCCAUUAACUGAUCCUUUGAAUGAUAAUUAAUUUAAUAAAUGUUUCAAAAAAAAAAAACAUCGAGUAGUUCUUAAACUCCCCAAAAACACAUGAAAUCACUGGCUGUCCAUAACUAUAGUGAAAUAUAAGUUCGAUUUGAGUUUGACAGUCCUCUUAUCAAGGGCAGAAACCCGUCUAAUAAGUGAAAGUAAAAGUGUAAGUAAGUAAGUGCGAAGAAAAAAGAAAAAAGAAGGAAUCAUAUCAGUCUGCAAGAAAAAAGAGGGAAUUCAGGCGGACGAAGAGGCCAAAGUCUACUUUUCGCAACUGUCGAUGGCGUGGAAGUGACGGACGUCUUCUGUCUCGUCUGUCGCUCUCGCUUUUCGUCAAACGGACGCCUUCGAAGUUCGUCCACACAUCAAACUACCCAACUCUUUCCUCUGCUACUUUCAAUCCAACAUCGUGCGAGUCGAAAGCUGAACAAGGACACUUGUGAGCCCGAAGAUGGGCUCCUAAAUCAAAGAUUUUGCCACACCUAAAAAGUUGAGAAUAAUACAUUUUACGGAGCCAUUCUUUUUUUUGCCAUUUCUACCAAUAAAUCGAAAUUUUUUCGACUUUUUAAAACAACGCAAGUAAAAAUGCUCGAAAUUGGGGCUUUGAGAUCAUCAUGAAUUAUUCGUCGAUUGAAAAUUAAAUUAUUUUAGAUUUUUCCAUCCAUUAAUGUUUUGAUUUUAAUACCCUAAUCUUUUGUUUUGUUUUUUAUUUUCUGAUUUGAAUAUUACUGUAAUACAGUACCUCAAGAGCGCUACCAAACUAUAAAUAUUUUCUUUUGGUCCUAACAAGGUCAUUUUACCUGGCGGUUGGUAAAUUAGACCCAUAAAAAUAGUUACAUUUCCUUUCUUUGCAUUCCACUAGACCAUAAAUCGCAUGGGUUAAAAAAUUUCCCAAUCGGUGCAAGUCACGAAUUGUUUUGGGCGGCGAUACCGCCACAACAAAGAAUGUUUUUCUCGAUUUUUGUUCAAAUUGCCGUUGAUCUUUUUUCCAAUUUUUUGACUGCAAAUUUCGGUUAGAGGCGUCAUUUCCUCCUAAGAAAACUUGACAUCAACCUUAUCAAAUGAUAAUGUUCUUUAGAAGUUCGACAUGGUUUUCCGUCAGAAAACAUGAUAUGAUCGUCCUUGAUCAGCUGGUAGAAGUGUGACUUCCGAACUUCGGACUCUUUUUUGUUUCCAACGUCAUUUCCUUCUGGACCAAAGUGUUUUGAAAAAUUCGAAAGUUCAAACGAAAAGAAGACAGUUAUAUUGAGGGGUUCAGAGAACCUUUUGGCCAGUUUCGAAGUACUAAAAUAUUUCUGAUUCAUUCUCCUUAUUGACGACCAUCGUGGAACUGUUGCAACGGAGAACUCCAAACAGUCGGAAUUCGGCGAAUUUCCGGCCUUUUUGCAAAAAAAAAGGAAAUGAAUGAAUGAAUGAAGGAAUAGUUUGGUAAGAGCGGUGGAGGCGGCGGAACAAGAAUGCGAACAACAGAAGAGGCACGUGAACAGACUAGAAUCUCUCUCAACGUCUUCUGAGGAGACCCAAGAAAACGUGCGUCCGACUUCAGACACGCGGUCGGACUGCAAACAUAUUUUCGUCAAUAAAAUCGGACUUUGGAUCGGCUUGCAAACGUUUCACGUGUCGUUUUUUCGAAAACUUUGCAGGCUUUUUUCGAAAGGAAAAUAAUCAAACACUUUUUUUCGAUAAUUGUCAUUAUUUUGCUAGAAAAAAAGAAUUGCGCAGCUGGAAUUGAGUGUUUUGGAGGGAUAUAAACUAGUUAAGUUUUCCACAAAGGGGUUUAAAUUUUUUUUCAGUUAAUUCAAGCUGGAAAAUAUUGAAAAACACUGAAGAGGUUUAGCCAUUAUGAAAUUUGAAGCUUCCUCAGGAAAAAGUUUUCAUUAUUUUCUGAGCCUAUGAAAUGAGUUCAACAAGAAAACAAUUUUCGUGUAGACUCAACCACUGUUUAGAAAAAAAACUUCACGUUUUUAAAGAACGUUUACUCUUUGAGAGCGGUCCAGUAAAUCAAAACAUUUUUAAAGCUUUCAUAUUUUUUUGAAUGACUGGAACAGUGCAUGCUUGACGACGGCUGACGACAAACUUUCAGAAAUAAUUCUUCAAGUUACAAAUCAAAUUUUAUUCUAACAUGAGUUUUCAACUUUUUAAAAUUUUAAUAUUUUUAUUUUUUCUGUGGGAAGCGUGAUUUUCCUCCAACUUUGGUUCCGAAUCUAAAUUUUUAGGACCUUUCAACCCUUUCGUUCUUAAAGAAUCGACGGUACAAAGUGUCGAACCUCUCGAUAAAGAGAAAAGAAACGAAACGUGGUGAUUCCCACCGUAAGGUGGAACAGAAGAGUGCUUCGAAGACGUCUGAUGGGUCGAUUCGAUGCGACGUCUCCACGCGUCGUUUCCCAAAGAUCUCGUGCCGCAACUUUCGGAUAUCAACCCUUUUUUCGCCCGUUUUUUUCCCAACCGAAUCGCCGCAAAUAUAUCAUACAACGUCCUUGAUGUCGACGGAUACAUAUCGAUUGAUGAGCUUUGUAAAGGGAGGAAUUCGGAAGUAAGAGAUUUAAAAUCAGUCCGGAUCAAAGGAUCAUUUGAAGAAUGAAUCGAAGCUUGACAGCUAAUGGAAAUGAAUUGUGAAUAGAGUAGAAUGAAGAUAGAAAGCCCAACUUUGUGAAUUUCUGUGUGCCCAAAAAAAUUCUUGUCUUUUUCCUUUGAUUUCGGUCUUAACAUUUCUUCAGAACGUCUUUUUUUCUAAUUUUCAUCAUCUAACAGCAUUAGAAGACUUUCGAAUUCUUAAAACUGACAAAAAAAACUCAAAUACUUUUUUUGCUUUGAAAAACUGUUGGAAGCGGAUUACUUCUGAUAAGUUUCGUCGAAAAGAAACUUCAAAAAGUUAUAGUAAAUUAAAAAGUUCGUUAUUUUUUGACCCCAUUUACAUGUUUUCUAUACAACUUCCUCGCAAACAAUCUCACUCAGAAUCGUCGUUCAAAGCGCAAUAUUAGUGAUAGGAAGCAAACAAUCGGCGCGAAGGGAAUCACCCCGAUUCACGUGCGUCGUCGACUUCAGAAGACGCCGCGGAGGUGGUAGCGUGUUUCGCGGUCCAUUCACACUGAUAGCCGAGGCCGAUAGACCCAACGAACCGAUCAGACGCCGUAAGAGGUAUCGAUUGGGUCGAGGGGAGGUCUCUUCGGUGCACGUGGGAGAGAAGACGUCGGCUGUCGACGAAAUGGACGUGUACCGCUUCUGAAGCUGCGUCUCCGAUGUCUCUCCGCUCGUGUGAAUCCACCCAACGACAGGGCCAGCCCUAUAUAACCGCACCCUUGUCUUCGCUUCUCUCUCGUUUCUCGGUCCUUUCAACAGCGUGGCGACAAAAAACUUUGCCGAUUUAUUGGUCUCCCAUAUUUAUUCACUCCAUUGAGUGGUCACUAUUUGACCCUGUCCUGUCCGAAAAAGCUUCGAUCCUUUUUUUGAGACCCUUGAAGCUUCGAUCCUUUUUUUGAGACCCUUUUUUGAGAGUUUGAAAAUACUGACUCUAGUGAAAUUUAACUUUAAAAAAACAGACUGAAUUUUUUUUAGCUCCUCAAAAUAUAUCCAAUUAGAAUACAAACUUCAAUAAGUAAAUAAAAAAAGUAAGCAUCGGACUCUCAAAAACCUUCCCCCUACAAAAAACUUGCUCGCGAACGCUAUCCGUUGAAAAAAGGCAUCUAAAACCAGAAGCAACAGUCUCCGAUUUCAGAGCAAACUACACAAAAUGUCGGCUCAAGUUUACUCCCGCUGCGAGGUCUCCAUGCACUGUACUGAGGACGACUGCUGGAUCAUCGUUGCCAACGUCGUCUACGACAUUACGCCCUUCCUCGGUCGACACCCUGGCGGCUUCGAGAUCCUCCUUGAAUUCGUGAGUUCGACCCUCUCAAAAGGCUCCAAACUAACUUCUCCGUUUGCAGGCUGGCUGUGACGCGACUCAAGCCUUCGAAGACGUCGGCCAUUCCACGAAGGCUCGCAUGAUGCUGGCCAACUUCAAAGUCGGCGAGUUGGAGGGGCACGAAAGAGACGACUUUGAACUUCCUGAAUACGUAGCCUCUCAUCCGGCCGCAGUUCUUCUGCCGCCAACCAACUGA